AUGUUCACACGCGAUAGUAACGCGGUGGUCGUCGUGGUCGCCUUCCUUUCCAUUGGAAUCUACACCGUCUUUCGCCUGGGCGCGAGGCAAGACCGGAACGAAGUUGGAGGGCUGCUCCUGGAUGACCCCCACAACGACGAGUACAAGGGCAUAUACGAAAGCCUGACCGAGGUCAUCCAGCUCACCAAGGAGCUCGUCGCCGAGGGGGGACCCAGCCCAUCACAACCCCCGGCCCAGCCCCAGGCCCCCACAGCCGCGGCCCCUCUCAUCCACCCCGCGGCCGCCAUCACCACCGCCCCGGACCUGCGCCUUCCCUCCAUCCUCCCCCCCACCGUGGCCGCGCAGAUCAGGUCGGCCCGGCACCGAGCGGCGUUUGCGGGGCAAGCCCCCGCCGCCUGGGCCAUCGGUGCCCCCGUCCAGGCCAUCUACCGGGAGGAUGGGCAGUGGUACAACGGCGUGGUGUCGGCGGUCAGCGUCUCCGGCAAGUUCAUCGUCCAGUACGAGGGCUACGACCAGGCCGAGGAGGUGGAGCGGGAGGAGGUGCGCCUACGCGGCGCCGAGGCCAACGGCGGCUACACCGGCGUGGUGGCGCCCAAGAAGCGGAAGGUGAACGAGGAGGUGGCGCUGGAGGAGAUGCCCGCUUGGCUCCAGAUAAAACCAGAGGACGACGAGAAGGUCAAGGCGAAGAAGAAGAAGCUCCAAAAAUCGUACAAGUCGAAGCAACGCUUUGCCAGGAUGGACGUUCAAACCAAGGAGAAGGCCAACUCAUGGAAGAACUUUGUGUCCGGGAAGGGCUCCAAGAAGAAGCCAGGAUUCAUGACGGGGCACAAGAAGGAGAGCAUAUUCAAGGUCCCCGAUGGUCUGGGGGCGCGUGUGGGCGUAGUCGGCAGCGGCAAGCCCAUGACCGAGUUUGGGCAUGCGCGGCGGCACGACUUUGCCGCCGACGCCUGA